CAUUACAAUUCUGCUGUCAAGGUCAAAUUGCUUGCUUUCCGUAGUAGAAAGCUAGAAAAUAUUCAUAACACUACCAAACUCGUUUCCCCCUCCCUCUCUCUGUCAAUUAUAGAUUUUGCUUGGGAUUUGCUUUCUUCACGAACUUCUCUUCAGUUAGUUUUUCUCAAAUUAAUUUAUGGAAUUUUCCAGCUAAAAUCCUAACUUCCGAUUCCAUCAAAAAAGCUCAAUAACUGAAUAAUGAAAAGAGGAUAUGAAUCCGCUUCAACCUCUAUUGCUCCACCUCAAUCAAGGCAAAGAAUAGAUCCUAAUGGUGCUUCACAGUAUCAAGAAGAAGAUGAAAACACUAGGAAUUUGGCACGAAGAGUUGCUGACCAUUACAGUGCAAGGUCCAAUCAGACUUUGGAAGAGCGAGAAGCCAGUCCAAUUAUCCAUUUGAAAAAGCUCAAUAAUUGGAUAAAGAGUGUUCUAAUUCAGCUUUAUGCUCGCCGUGGAGAUGUUGUUCUAGAUCUUGCGUGCGGCAAGGGUGGUGAUUUGAUAAAGUGGGACAAGGCAAGGGUUGGAUAUUAUGUUGGUAUUGAUAUAGCCGAAGGCUCGAUAGAAGACUGUAGAACACGUUACAAUGGGGAUGCAGACCAUCAUCAACGUCGCAAUAGGUUAACAUUUCCAGCACGCCUCUUAUGUGGUGAUUGCUUCGAGGUUCGCUUGGAUGAAGUUUUGAGGGAUGACGGACCAUUUGAUAUUUGCAGUUGCCAGUUUGCCAUGCACUACUCUUGGUCUACUGAGGCACGUGCACGACGAGCCUUGGCCAAUGUAUCUGCCUUGCUUCGUCCAGGCGGGACCUUCAUUGGUACAAUGCCAGAUGCGAAUGUUAUUAUAAAAAAGCUUAGAGAAGCGGAGGGACUGACUAUUGGGAAUAGCGUCUACUGGAUCCGUUUUGAUGAAGAAUAUGAUCAUAAGACGUUCAAAUCGUCUACUCCCUUUGGUAUCAAGUACAAAUUCCAUUUGGAGGAUGCUGUCGAUUGUCCUGAAUGGAUCGUUCCUUUUCCAGUUUUCAAAUCACUGGCAGAAGAGUACGACUUAGAACUUGUUUUCGUGAAGAAUUCGCAUGAAUUUGUAGACCAGUACUUGAAAAGGCCAGAAUUUGCUGAGCUUAUGCGGCGCCUUGGUGCCUUGGGUGAUGGAAAUCAGGACACAAGCACUCUAUCACCAGAUGAAUGGGAAGUAGCAUACCUGUAUUCGGCAUUUGUCUUGAAGAAGCGAGGUGAACCAGAUCCCAACCGAAAGAGAGCUAAUAGAACAAACAACGGACCGACUCAGAUAUCAAAGGACGACAUUAUGUACAUCAGCAAUGAUGAAUGAGUAGAAAAUAAUUGGUGAGUUUUUUAGUCCACUCGGAUUGUUAAUCCAUAUGCAAAAGCAUGUUUGGAAGUGAAGCUGCCAAAGCCAACAUGGGGGCAUGGGAGGGACACUCGCUGGCGGAAGAAAGAAUUGAGAGACCCAUUGCACUCUGGCACCAGCUCUCCUUUAUUGUACACCGGAGAAUGGAUACGAAUGAUCAAAGGUCAUAUAUAUUAUCAAAUUUUGCAUAUUCCUGAUUAAAGUUGUAUUCAUUCAUUAGAAAAGUAAUACAAGUAAGAAAUUUUGACACUGUAAUACAACCAGGGAAUAAGAGUUGAAUUAGCUCUCACACCUAUCUAAAAUUUUCUUCUUAUGUUUGUAAUUGGCCUAACUAUAAUCAGUGGACUGGAGAAUAGAUAGAUUUGAGGUUUGGAAUGCUUGAUUUUCCAA